CAUAGUUUUCGUCGCCUUCCCCCUAUGUACAGUAACGGCACAGCUUGCAUGCACCAUGCCACCUGCAAAUAAAGGGAAAUCGCAAGCUAGAGCACCUCUCCUAAUGCGACCUUAACCCACGCCUUCGAUUCUCGAGAGCGGCAAGCUAUCGCCGAGUCACCGACACAGCAUGGAACCCACGCCAGCGGCGCCGCGCGUCCACCUCCAGUCGCCGCAGACUGCCGUGCCGACGCGGGCGGUCGAGCCAGGGCGGACGCGCCACAUCGCCGUGGCCUCGCCCCCGCUCCCGGCGGCCGCGCUGCAGCGGCGCACUCGCGUGGUGCUCUACUACCGCGUGGACGGGGCCUCGGCGUCGGCGCGGCUGUGGGAGGAGGCGAUGUGGACGAAGGAGUCGCUGAGCGAGGCCGUAGCCGACCACCCGGAGAUGGCCGGUCGGCUCCGGCGCCACGCGGACGGGUCGUGGGAGGUGAAGCUGAACGACGCCGGCGUGAGGUUCACGGAGGCCACGGCGGAGGCGACGCUCGACGAGUUCCUGGCGACCGUCCAGGACAAGGACCACCGGGCGCGCAGCUGGGACUGGGAGGCCGCGCUGGCGCCGUGGUCCGACGUGAACGCGGAGGACCCCGACGUGAGCGCGCUCGUCUACGUGCAGCUGACACGGUUCCAGGGUGACGGAGGCUUCGCCGUGGGCGUCAGCUGCAGCCUGAUGCUGUCCGAUCCCCUAUCACUGGCGAGGUUCCUCGCGUCGUGGGCGCGCACGCACGCCACGAUGAAGGCUCAGAACGACGUCGCCACCCACCCGCUGAUGCAGUACGCGAGCUACUUCCAGCGCCCGGGCGCUAGGGCCGUGCGCGCGCUCGUCAAGUCCAUCCCCCUCGACGCUUUCGCCUCUGCCGACGACGGCGGCGACGACCACGCCGCCGAGACCGUCCUCUUCAGAGCCAGACCUAUUACCACAGCUGGUGCGGGCGCACCGGCUGACCACCACCACGCGCUCGUCGUCGCCUGUGUCGCCCAGGCGAAGGAACGGCUCGGCGCGGCGGGGAAGGUGCCACCACAGUUCCCGGUCGUCGUCUUCGACGACAGCGACGGCAAGGGAGGGGUGAGCGUCGAGACGUGCACGGCGGCGUACGGGCAGCCGCAGAGCAACGGUGGUUGCGGCGGCGGCGGCGGGGGAUACAAGCUUGAGGUUACCCAGUGGCAGGAGCUUGGGCUGGAGGAGCUGGUGCUCAGCGACAGCAAGCCCCUGCACGUGUCGUACAGCAUCCUGAACGGUGGCAGCGAUGGGCUUGUGGUCGUGAUGCCUGACGGCGGCGCUGACGGUGAGGUCCUGGUCGCGGCGACCGUUCUCAAGUGAGGAACAUUUGGCAGGCUCUGGCAGCUGGGGAAAGAAAAUUCCCGUGCCGUCCGAUACCUAUGAUAUGGGUUUCAACGGUUUCAAAUUUUAUGAAAACUGUUCUCAGAACGACUAUGUUGUCAAGUAUUUGUGUGUAAAAUUAAGAUACUGAAGACAAUAAUGUAAAAUAAACAGAAACAGACUUGUGGCUUUUGAACAAGAUUGCUCGUCAAACAAAUGCGUUGUCUACCCAAAACCGACUUGUGGCUUUUUAAGCUUCAUCGCCAUUGGCCGGAUGAGCUUCUCUGUCCGAUAGGUGUUGGUGGACACCUUGUUACUCUCUGGGUAUGUGUCAGAACGAGUAUGUUUUUUUAGUAUUUAAGUGUAAAAUUAUUGUUACUCUCUGGGUAUGUGUCAGAACGAGUAUGUUUUUUUA